AUGGCAACCUGGACCCACGAUGAGCGUACAAAUUACUCUCAGUGUAGUCUGCGACUCUCAUGCACUCACUCAGGCGAUGAUCCAGUUGUCUGUGUCAGUGUCACCACAGUUAAGAAGAGACUGGCAGAAGGACACAGGGUCAUCCAUAGGAGCCAGACCGCAGAAGCCCACCAAAAGUGGAAGAAAUCGUUUUUUGUUUUGUUUUGUUUUUUCAUAUUUGUUGUUUGCUGUCUCUUCCCAGGUGACCGCAGAGGCAUUCAGUGGCUUCUGGGCUCAGAUGGAGAGGUUUGGGUAUGGGCAAUGGGGGAGGCCCCGGGGGACAAGCUCUUUGAAGACAUUGUGGAAGAACUGAUGGAGGAGAGAGCAAGGAAGCAGGCCCAGCAAGAGACGCAGGAACUCCGGCGUGUGAAGGAGGCAGAGAUUGAAAAGAAGUUUCGAGAUGCCAUGGCGAAGGAAAAGGCUCGAUUCAUGGCAGAAAAAUGGAAGGAGGAGACAGAUGACAGAAAGGCAGCCAAGCAGGAAGCAGAGGAAGAUCGCAUUAGAGAGGAACUGAAGAAAUGUGAGGAGGAAGAGAGACAGCGAGGCGAAGAAGAAAUCCACCAAACGGAGGAGAGAAGAGCAAAGGAGCUGUACAUCUCUCUGAAGCAGGAGGAAAAGAGGAGCGAGAGAGAUGACAAAGAAUGGCAGGAACAAUUGCAACGCUCCAAGACGGCGGAUGAGGAGAUAAAGUGCAAGGCACGACGGGCUAGAGAUGAAUAUAAGCGCCAGUCUCUGCGGGACAUCCAGAAGGGCCUGGUGGCUGGACUUAGUGGCCUGUUUCAUAAGAUACACCUGAACAGAUCUGGUCACAUCCGACAGCACGGCGAGGUCACUGAAUAUCUGACCCCUCCAGCUGAGGCCACCCAUUCACCUGCAGCAAGCUCGGGUCAACUUCCCUCAAGCCAUUACAGGCACAGACAACACCAACGUUACAAUAGUCCAGUCACACAGUCACUCACAGAAUGCCCAGUUUGGAUUCAUCCACCCAGACCGAACUCUCGUGAGUCCAUUAUCCGCUGGUUUAAAGAGGAGCAGAGACCAAGACGAGCUGGAUAUGAGCGAAGUAGCAACACCAUCGCACCCUGGUUCCACGGAAUAAUAUCACGGCAGGAUUCAGAGGCUUUGCUAGUGAAUGCGGCAGAUGGCUGUUUCUUGGUCAGAGUGAGCGAACGGAUCUGGGGCUACACGCUGUCCUACCGCACCACCUCAGGCUUUAAGCACUUCCUCAUUGACGCAUCGGGUGAUUUUUACAGCUUCCUAGGUGUAGACCAGAACCGUCACGCCACCUUAGCUGACCUCAUUGACUUCCAUAAGGAGGAAGUGAUCACCACGUCUUCUGGAGAACUACUCCAGCACCCCUGCAAGCAGAGAAGCUCAACAGCUGAUUAUGGAGGGCUUUUUGAGUGAUGGUUUCCCUUGUUGUGAAAUUCAAUUUGGCUACCAUAUCUCUUGCCUUCACAUCCUUUCAACAGCACGGCACAGCUUUUAUUUGUAGUCUGCCAAGCUUCUUCUGUGAAAUGUAAAUUUGCUUAGCAGGUUUAAAAUGUGGGUGAUAAAAAAAUGAUGCGGUCACAUUACACUUUAAUCAUGCAGAAUUAAUUUAGACUCCAACGGGAGAAUAUAGGCAAAGGGAAAUGAUGUACCACCCUAACCCUUUUGUUUUAAAUCAAUAAUAAAUUAUGAUUUUAAAAUA